UGAGUGAGUGACCGGCGAGUGACGGACUCACUGUCACUGGUAGAAACUAAGCAACUUUAAACUUUAGGAAACCUUUUCUAAAGUUGGCUUUACACUUGAACUUUUACUUUACUAAAGUUAAAGUGUGACAAAGUUACAAGUUUAAGAGUUUAAGUUUUACCUAAAAUUAAAAUAUAAAAUCAUAAAAUGCCUACAAAAGUCGAGCUGAAUACAAAAAUAAUGGAUACAGCAGUAUUCAGACCACCUCAGGAAAUAUUAGAUGUCUUUUGGAGUCUCUCUGAUGGCACAGACGAAGAAAGAACUGCGGGGACGGUUAAAUUGUGUAAACUCAUUGAAAAAUCCUCGGAUGACAUUAAAAGACAAAUCUUGAAGUAUUGCCUUGACAGACUUAUUCGUGGUCUGAGUUCUAACCGAAAGUUUGCAAGAGUUGGUUUUUCAGUUGGACUUGUUCAACUUUUACGACACUUUAAAGAUCUGGCACUAACCAGCGUUCUAGAUACAAUGAAAGAAAAACUCAAACUUGUACAUCAAGAGCAAAAGUCUAAAGCUGCUGUAGGAGAUGUUUUCAUGGGCCGAGCUUUUGCUAUUUCAGCAAUCAUUCAGUCUGGUAGAAUAUCUCAAUUGGAUGAUAGCGAGUUGGAUUCAGUUUUAAAUGAGCUGUUGAAAAUGUCUGAAAAAAAAUCUUACCUGAAGCCUGUCAGCCACAAAAUUACUGAGGACUUAAUUAGCCAGAUUUCACCAGAAAAGUAUGAAGCAAAGAUUUGGCCGAAACUAAAAGUCAAGUUGCAAUCUGGCUGGGAGCUGUGUACAUUAGACAAACUCUCUCUGUUGAUCAGAUGUAGAGAAAUGUUUCCAAAAGUGACCAAGAAAAAAUUUGUGCAGAAAUACUGGGGAUUUCCACUGUUUUCUGAAGACAAUGAUGACAAAUUGUUGAAAGCAAUCUUAGACACUACUCAGAAAACAGAACUUCUUCUGGAGAAAAUAUUACCUCACAUGCUCAAAUGUGAUAGAGAUAUUGUAUCAAUAUGGAAAAGUAUAGGAGAAAAACUGAUGCAGUCCUUGCGUGACAAUAGAAAAGAGUCUAUGUCUCAGCGGCGGUGUGUUGGUCUACAGAUAGCCACAAAACUUCUCUCCACAGAGUGUACAUUAGAACAACUGACAGAGUUUAUUUUGUUCCCAAACUUAGCUCGAUGUUUGUUUUACUUUUCAACCCAAAAGAAUGAUGUCCUAGAAAAAUUGGCCGAUGCUUUGUGUGACAAAGUGGUUGUAAAGCUCAAGGAAUUUGAUGCUAAUACUCUUGAAAUAGUCAAGCAAAUUUGGAAAUUAGAAGUAUCAUUGUCUGAACCAGAAAAAUCUAAAAUUGUGAAUUUAGUCAGCUCACAUAACUUUACAAGGAUAUUAGAUUUGCUGUCUGAGUCCCAAGCCGAGAAAUAUGUUCACAUUUUAACUUCGGCAGUUAAAGGAAAGGAUAAAUGGUCGAUAUUAUUGGAUUCCCCGGAGAAGCAGACCAAACAGAUUGAAAGCUGCUUACGUCAUUUACAACACAUAACCUGUUCACAGAAGCACACCACUCCGCAACUGCAGCAGUCUGUGCUGUCCUUGUUUUUAAGACUGGCAUGUUUCAAAGUGGAGAAGAAAACUAAAAGCAUUGAGCAUUGUGAGAGAUGUUGUAACUAUGACUUGGAAGACAGUCGACAAACUCUGUGUGAAUCCUCCUUCUACAAAUGUCUGGACAGUUUGUCCACCCUCAAGCACAGUCAACACAGUAAAUGGGAACAGUUUUCUAAAUACCUUCAACUUUUAUGUCAUCUGGUGGAAUACAUUCAGACACUACUUACAACAGAAGACAUCAAACCUUUAAAUCCUUGGCCAGAGGAGAUAAAAAGUGAAUGGAAUAAACUCUUUGCUUUGGUCACCAAUAUUAAAAAGGAAGUUGAAAAAGAAAAAGAUGUUUCUUUGUCGUCAGCUUUUCUUUUGUUGUUUUUAUUUCUUGGUAUCAAUAUGUUGACUGAUUUCAAAACUUCCACCGAUCUGUUAAAAGAUGUCUACAUUUGUUAUGAGCGAGCCACAAAAGAAAAGAAAAUGAAGAAGAAAGACAAUGAAGAUGAGCCACACUGGGUGGAGGUAGUCACUGAAGUUUUGCUCAGCCUGUUGCUGUUACAAUCUCACCUUGGUCGUGUCAUCACCACAACAGUGUUCAAGGCCAUACUAGGUCACAUGACCCCGACAGCUGUUGGCCUGAUUACUGACGUUCUCAUACCCAAAAAGGUGGGUGCAGAUGAUGCAGGUGGUGUAUUGGUUGACACUGGUGCUGGUGGUGAUGAGGAUGAUGAUGAAGAUGAAUUGGAAGACGUGGAUGACACCAGCGGUGAAGAUGAGGCUGAAAAUUCCAAUGAGGAAGACAUGGAAGCAGAUGAAGAUGAUGAUGAAGAAGAAGAAGAGGAAGUUGAUGAAACUUUCCGGAAAUCUGUUAAGGAAGCCCUCGGUAAAGCUGCGGCAGAUAAAGAGGAUGAAUCUGAGGAAGAGGAGUUGCCUGAUCUGAGUGACAGUGAAAUGUUCCAACUGGAUGAUAUGUUGGCUGAGGUCUUCAGACAAAAGAAAUUGGCAGGAGGGAAGAAAGCAAGACAAGAAAAGAAAAAAGAAACAGACAACUUCAGGAUAAGAGUUCUUGAUCUUGUUGAGACAAUUAUAAAAAGUGAAAGAUGUGGAGAUUUUGUUAUCGAUCUCUUGAAGCCUGUGCUCCUGCUGAUGUUAAAAACAAAUCCAGUUGAAAAUCAAGUUCUGUGUGAUAAAUCCAAAUCUUUAUUUGCUCUCUUAAGGUCAAAGGCCAAGGGCCAGAAAGAUUCAAUUCACUCCGAAGACUAUCAUAAAAAUAUUCUAAUUGAACUGAUAGAAUUAGCACAGUCAGUUGUUGACUCCAAUCAUUUGCAAGCUGUUGCAGCUGCUUGCUUCACUGUGAUGAACUUGAGCUGUGGUGACAUUAACAAGACGUCGCCAGCUCUACCUUCCCAUUACGUAGAUCUGUUGAGGGAAACUCUGCAUAAUGUUAUCAAAAAACCAAAGAACAGUUUACAAUUUUUGUCACUGCUGAUAGAUUUAGAUCCAAUGAAGUUCCAAAUGUUAGCGCCAGAUGUUUUGAGCUGUUUGAAGGAUGAAUCUACCAAAACGCAUAGCAAGAUGAUUUGCUGCUCCCUCUUGGUAUCUCUUGCAAAAAAAACUGGCACAUUGAAUGAUGCAGACAAGAAGACAUUACAGAAAUGGAUGACAGAGGCUCUAUCAUACAUACAGGAGCUCAUUCUGUCAUUGGAGAAACAAACUUCAAAGGUCAAGUUCACCAACAAUAUUUUGUCCCUAGCAGUUGCACUACAGUCUCGCACUGACAUUUUCCAACAGAAUCCGUUUGAUGUCAGUGUUAGUAGCCACUUGUUGGAAAUUAAAUCUUCUUUCAAUACAGACUUGAGACGCUUGGCCAAUAAAAUUAUUGCUGCAAUUGCCAGGAGUCAUCCAAAAGUAAAAGCUGCAACAGAAAAGAAACGAAACAAAGACCAAGUAGAAAAUGUAUCUGAAAAUUCUCCAGCAAAAAAGAAGAAGAAAGUUUGAAUAAUUUCCUAUGUCAAUGUACAAAUUAAAUGUUUUAAAAUAUU